UCCAACCUUUUUGUGACCUUUUUGAAUGCGAUUAAUGAUAGAUAGGCAGAGAUAGUGUGAAGCGAAGUUAAAGAAUGAGUAAGCAGAGUGGCAGCGCCAUGAACAAGAAACGCCGAGCUAGAUCCGGCCGGAAAACCCGAACCCGGAAACCCAAGUUCCUCAGCCUCCGCCUCCAGUUUGCCGGAGAUAAGAGCGGCGACGGUGGUUCCCCGGCGGCGGAAUUGCCGGACUGUGAAAAAACGCAGCUGAACUUGUUCCCUCUUCACCCGGAGAAUUUGACGGCGGCGGCGGCGGCACAGGAGGAGAAUUACGUGGUGGCGGAGUACAAUUUCUUCUCCGCCGCGGAGAGCGGCGCCACCACGCUCACCGGACUCCUCGGCGCCCCCUCCACCUCCGCUUCUUCCGGCGGAAACAAGGCGUUCUCGUCGUCGGAUUCCCUGCGGUUCACGUACGGCGGAGCGGCGCUGGCGCGGGCGGCGCUGCGGAGGAAAGAGCGGAAGCCGAGCGAGGAGGAGAAGUGGGUGAGCUACUCGGAGGUGGUGGAGAACGAGCGGAAAGACGAGGAAGUCACCAGCUCCGCCUCUGAUCUGCGGCGGCGCGUAUCGGAUACGCGCCGCCGCCGGCUGUCGUUGAAGCUUGAUUAUGAAGAAAUCAUCAGCGCUUGGUCCAACCGCGGCUCUCUUUACAUCCAACCGGAGUGUCCGCAGACCGUGCCGGACAUAAUCCACGAUGACUUUUUCUCCGGCGGAUUCUAUGAACCAUCGUCGUCCCACGGGACAUGGGAGAGGAAUAUGAGUUUGUAUACGGUUCCAGAAAUGGCGGGGAGUAGAAACGAUGGGGAAAAGGCGCCGGCGCAAGAUGGCGGCGAUGAAGAGGCGGCGGCGGCGGGGCAAACGCACAGAGCGGCUAGCGUUUUGAGAUACAAGGAGAAGAGGCAGAACCGACUCUUCUCUAAGACAAUUCGAUAUCAAGUUCGUAAGCUCAAUGCUGAAAAACGCCCUCGCGUUAAGGGAAGGUUUGUAAAAAGAGAUUGAAGUGUUUUAGUAUAUGAUACGAUCACCACAGAAGUAUCAAUCACCAAUCACCAUAUCAGUAGAGACCAUAUAUCCACCAUCCAAGUCAUCUAUUGUGAAUUCCUAAGAAUUUAAGGAUGAGCUGUGUUUAAAGACAUUUUUGUCUCUUGAAAUUUUGUGUUUCACAUUGCAAAUUGUAAAGGAAUGACUGACAAUAAUAUCAACCUUGUGAAAUAAACUACGAACUACGUAAAGAAAAUGAUGCAUUAAAACUGUUGGUCUAUUUUGGAACAUGGUCGACAUUUCAAAGUGAAGCACAUACAUACAAGUUCAAUCUCAAUAUAUUCAAAGUUCAUUUUGUGUA